AUGGGCGUGCAAGGGCUGCUUCCGUUCGUCUCGAGCGCGUCAACGGAGGUCAGCCUCGAGGACUACCGCGGGCAGACUCUCGCGUGCGACGCCUCUGUGUGGCUCCACCGCGGCGCGAUUUCGUGUGCUCGCGAGCUGGCGGAGGGAGAGCCCGCAGUCGGUUUCCUGCGCUUCCCUUUGCGCAUGAUCGCCUUGCUGAAGAGGCACGGCGUCCGGCCGCUCAUCGUCUUUGACGGAGGCGCGAUGCCAAUGAAGGCGCGGGUUGACGCGGCGAGAGCGGCGGAUCGAGAGAGCGCGAAAGCGCGGGGCGAGUUCAACAAGACCGUCAAGAUCACGGCGGCCAUGACGCAGCAGCUCAUCGAACGGCUUCGGCAGGACGGUGUGGAGUUCGUGGUCGCGCCGUUUGAGGCGGACUCUCAGCUGGCGUUCCUGGUGCAGCACGGCCACGCCGCUGCGGCCCUGACCGAAGACUCCGAUCUACUCGCCUAUCGCUGUCCAAGCGUGCUCUUCAAGUUGUCCGAGAGCGGCCACGCGAGGCGCAUCACCUUCGCCGGGUUGCAGCACGCACAGGAUUCGAAGGGCCAGCUGCUGUUUGAUGGAGCGUGGGAGGGCGAGUGGGCAGCGUGGGAGGGCGGCCUGUUCGUGGCCAUGUGCAUCAUGGCUGGUUGCGACUACCUGCCGAGCGUUCCUGGGGUGGGAGUGGCCACCGCGCACAAAGCUCUGCGCGCCGGCCGCACUGUGGAGCGCGCCCUCGCCAAGCUGCACUCCAAGCGCUCUGGACCUCCGGCGCCCGUGGCUGCUGAGGCUUACUUGCUGCGCGCUCUUGGUCUGUGA